AGUGAAAGUGCAUAAUGUUGCGGUAAUAGGUGUUGAAAGUAACUUCCUGCCUCUUAUUCAUAGCUAUUAUAAAAAAGUAAGCCAUAAGAGACACGACUAAAAUGGCUCACUGGAAUAAGCUUUGCUGUGUUUUGUUGGUGGCACUGACGGGGGGACCAGGUUUAGUGGCCUCACAGGAGAUUACCUGGUAUGGUCCAGUGCAUGCUGGUCAAAUUGUCACUUUCACCUGUUCCUCUUCUUGCUCUACAAAAUGCAUCUACACCUGGUCCUUCCUGGGCCGCACUGUCAAUGGGAGCACAUUAACCUGGACACCGGAUGGACGGGACAGUAUGGUAGAAUUACACUGCAACAUUCUUGAUCCAGGAACAGGAGUCUCCAACACUAUGUCCAUCAAUGUAGAAAUUCAUAAUAGAUUGUCUGUGCAAAUCAGCUCACCAAACACUGUCCCAUCUCUCAACAAGUCACUGGAUCUGGUCUGUUACUGUGAUACGGUAGUUUACGUCUUAGAUCCGCCACUCCUGGUCUAUCAGGUGGUCUGGUACAAAGAUGGACAGAAAGUGACCCUGCGAGAAAAUAUGCAGCUGCCGGACAAUGCAACACUUCAUUUUGACUCACUGCUGCCCUCUGAUGCUGGAUUCUACCAGUGUGAGGCUUACACGAUUAUGUCACGGCGGAGAAGACUUUUCAGCCUGGGCUAUCUUCUCAGCUUUGAACCAUGGAACGUCAGCAUCAGCGGACCUGACAUUGUGUUUCCUGGCAGACAGAGCAAAUUCACCUGCUUGGCGAGAUGUAGCUUGAAUGUGGACUGUGCUGUCAAAUGGCAGUUCAGGAGCGGCUUCCCCAUUGGAACUCACCUUUCAGUCUAUGAAAAUGAGCUCAGGUGGACCCCUUCCAUACCCGGUACUUUCCAAAACUUCACCUGCGUCGCAGAAAACGUAGCCACUAGACGCUCUGCUGAGGCCACCAAGAUGGUUGAAGUCAAAGAUGGAUCAGAGGCGGUGCAGUUCAGUGGACUUUUUGUAAUGAUCUUCAGCCUGGGUCAGCUGCUGCUUUUUGAUUCAUAGAGCUGUUCCUUUUUUUAAAUACUGUAUUUUAUAUUUUCUUUUAAGGAAAACUGUGGCAACUUCACAUAUUCUAACAUAAAUUCCUGUAAAUAUGUGUAAUUCACUGUAUGUUUUAUAAAGCCUUGGAAACGUCAAGUACUAAUUCAUUCCAAAUAUAUAUGGCACGAAUACUGUCUGAAAGUACAGUGAAAAUAUGUUAACAGUAUGGCACAAGUAUGGCAGCACAUUAGGAGAGUGACGAGAGAAAAGCCUGUUAGCGUAGGCUACAUCAUAUUUCAUCUGGUUGUACAAUAAAAUUAGUAUCGAAGUUACAAGUAAAACAAACCAGUAAUGUAAACAACAGUACACAAGUGAAGUUAAAUCAGGCACCAGUUGUCACCAUAUGCUGUUGAAAAAUGCUUGCUGAAAUUCUGUGUGGAAUUCUUCAAGUGGAAUCCAGUGUCCUUAACAAAAACGGCUUAAGGCGUUGUUUGACUUCACCUGACCUGGAUGUGUUACUGAUUCACUCACACUCUGAAAAGAGGGUUUUGUGAAGUCAGCCUCUGUCAAGAAAGUAAGUGACUCAUAAUACUGAUGUGUUUUUUUUCUCUCACCGUCCUGAACCUGAACAAAUAAGGCAGAUAAGAGAAUCACACAGAGCAAACAGAUGAGGGAGACAGAGGCAGCUUUAUGUGUGUGUUAUCCAACCUCUCCUUUUGCUUUGUUUUGUUUUUCUGUAUGUUAUCUUACCUGGUUCAUAUAGUUUGCAUCCUGUGGUUUAAUUUGAGCAGAAUGGGGAAGCAAAACUGGAAAAAAAAAAAUAUUUAUGUUAAACCAACAAUAAAAUAUUUGCCAUACCA